UAUUUUUUUCUAGUUAAACCACUAAUAGAUGGUUCUAGCUAUUUACUUGAUGAUCAGAAUAUGGGCUCUUUCAAAUACGAGCCCCUCGAUCUAGGCGGGCCAACCUUUCGUCUCGUCCGCCUUUGCCAUGGGGACGGCCCUGAUAUCGACUGCGAACUCUUCCAAGCGUGGCUGUAUCCAGAGCAGAGUGCUAUCUCAUACGAAGCUCUUUCGUAUACGUGGGGCACCACCGAAAUCGUGGAGAGCGUACGAAUGAAUGGAAAAACACUAGGUAUUACGCUGAGCUUAUACCUCGUCCUCCAGCAUCUUCGCCUCCGAGAUGAGGACCGGAUUCUAUGGGUGGAUGGUAUUUGCAUCGACCAGGGCAACGACAAAGAGCGUGGACAUCAGGUUCGACACAUGGGCGACAUAUACAAGCAGGCCGAAAGAGUCAUAUUUUGGCUGGGUCAGCCAACCUACGAGACGAACGUGAUUCUAGAUUCGCUACACCAGCUCCAGAAGGAAAGUACUAGGCAUGCGUGCAGAACUUGGGAACUGGCGGACCCGCGCUGGGUAGAGCUCUGGUCAACGGUACAGCCUGGCCUUGUGGACAAAUAUCCAGACCUUCGAUCGCGACAGCGCCAGGGUCUGGAGGACCUUCUGAACAGGCCCUGGUUUAGAAGGGUUUGGAUUCUGCAAGAGGUUGCCAAUGCAAGAGCUGGCAUAGUGUGUUGUGGACAAAAGUCUGUUUCGGCUCACAUCUUUCCCCUCGCCCCUCUAUUCAUAGACAUAAUCCCGAAUGCACAAACUCAAGCGGUCCUGGAUAUAAUGCCUGGACCAUCAAGGACCGGUACAUGGUGGAAUAUGAAUCAAGAUCUUUAUACCAUUCUACGAAAGUUUCGUGCAAGCGAAGCACGUCUUCCCUGUGACAUGGUGUUUGCCUUGCUAGGACUAUCCUCGGAUGCACAGGACGCAGAAAUGCUUAGACCCGAUUAUGAGAAAAGUGAAGAUGAAAUUAUCCAUGAUGUUGUCCGAUUUCUGUUUGAUGACUACAUAUAUCGCACUCAGCGAUCAUAUUUUCCCUACUUGCGGAAUUUGCUACGGAACCUGGAGUUGCUCAACAGAUUGUUUCUGCAACACUAUAUGGAAUUGGCAAACCUACAGGACUUGGAGAAUGUUCUCAAAUGGCGCCAGUUUGGCAUUUCAGAAACCGACAUUGCAGACGCCGCACGCGCAGUCAAGAUAGCCGUGACCAACUUUGGCGGACUCAGUGUUGGAAUGACUGACAUAGCGACACCAUCAGUCCUAAAGAACCUAGAGGAUAUUCUCAAACAGGGGCAUCUGGGUAGUGCACAGACGAACAUUCCAUUUGCCGAAUAUGCGGAAAAGGCCAUGGCCAAGGCCUUAAAAGACAGUGAUGGAUCGAUUGAAGCAGAAGAGGAAGAAAAAGAAGAAAAAGUGUGUAUGAAUUCAAUUUGUGCUUGGAACCAUCUGAACACACUAGAGCACCUUCUCCAGGAUCGGGGCUACAAGACCGAGAUUACAAAGGAAUUAAUUAUUAGAAUAAUAUCGGCCAGCCACUCUAAACCAGGAACCAUCAUUUUCCUUCUUAAGCAACGAGGCAAUGAGAUUAAUAUCACGAAUGCAGUGCUCAUCGCUUUGUUAAGGACUCAUCUCACUGCCAAAAAAACUGAAAAGAUUCAUACUUGGAAACAAGAAAGUUACAAUGAACGCACAGAGGGGAUCCUUGGAUUACUUCUAUCGGAAAGAUGCUACGUACUUGAACUCUUACAUAUUCUUCUCCGGCAACAAGGCAACAAGAUACAAAUCACAGAAGAAAUCCUCUGCGCAGCGGUAUCAAAUACAUGCUGUGGACCAGAACUCAUAAAGCUUCUUCUCCGGGAACGGGCCAAGGAAAUACAUAUUACAGAGGGAGUCCUUCGUGCAACAGCAUCAAAUAGUCGCUAUGGACCACAGGUCAUGGAGGUACUUUUCGAACAAAGAGGCAACGAAAUCAAGGUCACAGAUCCCAUGCUCAUAGCCGCAGAAGGGGUAAUACUCCAACCCCGUGCGAGAGCCAAUGAGUUAAUGGAACAAUAUCUUAAACGACACCCCAGCAGGAACUAGAUUGCGAGUAUAUUAAUUGAAAGCGCAGGAUGGACCCCACGUGACGUAUCCCUACUAUUGUACCAAUUUUCUGUGAACCGGACGCAUCGCUGUGGAUCUGGUAUUGUAUUAGAAUGGGAGUAAUAAAUUUACCAUCUAUCCUUCUAGUUUCUGGGCUACGGACUGAUUGUCAAAAUGUAUUUGAUGUACGUCGUGGCGAGGGAUCCUUGGGUAGUUCAAGUUUAGGGAAAGGGGAAUUGCAUAAUCUAUUUCCAUGAUCCGGAUAGAAGCAUAAAGACCUAAAUCACUUACUAUACACUUGUGAGGCAAUAUAUGUACGAUCAAUAGAAUCGUUGAGAAAGACAGCAACAAGCCGCAGUAGUUCAAUUUGUACCUUUGGUAGGAUAAGGGAGUCUAAGAGAG